AUGUCUGACCACAGAUUCAGCCCCAUGCCCGGAGAGGAACCCGGCUGCCACCUCUCCAAGAAAGCCAAGGUCUGUCUCGGCAUCCUCCUGUGUGUCCUGGUGGCGGUGACGAUCGUCGCGGUGGUGGUCGGAGUCCUGAAGUGGCCCCGGGCGCCCCCGCACCGGGAGUGGAAUGGGACGGGCACCACUCCCCAUUUUUCGGAGAUCGUCCUGGGCCGAUGCUACACCUACACUCAGGUCCUGUGGCCAGAGCUGAGACAUAAAGACUGCGGCCAGAUAGGGAAGGCAUUCACGAAUGCGUUUCUUUCCAAGGAUCCUUGUAACAGUUCAGAGCAAGACUACCAGCUGCUGCUGAAGCUGACCAAUCAAACCACACCCUGUCACACGAGUGUCUUUUGGAGCAAAUCAAAUCAGCUAGCUCACCUGUACACCAGGGUGCAGCAGGAUAUGUUCACACUGGAGGACACACUGAUGGGCUACAUUGCUGACGGCCUCAACUGGUGUGGAGAUGCAGGCUCCUCUGAAAUGAACUAUCAGUCCUGCCCGCACUGGGGGAAAGACUGCAUAAACAACCCCAAGUCUGUGUUCUGGGACACGGUGUCCAAAAGGUUUGCAGAAAAUGCCUGUGGUGUGGUGCAGGUGGUGCUCAAUGGGUCCAUCAGUAACACCUUUGAUAAAAACAGCACUUUUGGACGUGUGGAAAUCCAUAAUUUGCAUCCAGAGAAAGUUUCUAGACUACAAGCCUGGGUGAUGCAUGACAUUGGAGGAGUUCGCAGUCACUCAUGCUCGAGUCCUCUCAUAAAUGAUUUGAAAUUUAUAUUAAGCCAGAGGAAGAUUUCAUUUACCUGCCAGGAUGACUACAGGCCUAUCAAGUUUCUUCAGUGUGUGAAAAAUCCUGACCAUUCGUCUUGCAGUUCUAUAAUAUGA